AUGCGUGUAGUUAGGCGCGGUUGUCUGUUUGUGUGCAUAAGGAAACCUGUUAAACUGCGCAGAGCACCAUCUCAUCCCUACUGGGAAUGCAUCCAAGUCGCCCUCGGCUACAGGAGGCGUCCAGGCAUGCAAACCCACGGUGAUGUGGAUCCAAGUUCAAGUCUCAAGGAUUUCAAGGACGUCAAAACCAUCCACCUCCACAAGCGAAAAGAGAACCGCCAACUCUAUGACAGUCCCCAUGGAAUUUCGCCACUCAGUUAUGCCGACAAAAUAUUCGCUCGGGUUCUCUUAAACCGUCUCAGCAACCACCUGGAACAAGGACUCUUGCCAGAAAGUCAGUGUGGAUUUCGUUUUCAUCGCGGCACCACUGACAUGAUCUUUGCCGCUCGACAGCUGCAGUAG